GGGCGGGGUUGUGCCGGUGGGGCCUCUAGUACGUCGGCCCGAGCCUUCGCAGAUGGGAGUUCCGCGUGUGGUUGACUUCUCAGCGAAGCUCACACUGAACAAACGGAGACAACAGGCUGGCGCAGCAUUACAGGAUGUGAAGGGCGGGAACAAUGUGGUCGACCAAAUCGUUCUCAUAGACCGAAAAACAGAUAUAACCUCGCUUUUUUGCAGUCAGUUUACGUAUGAAUCCCUACUAGAUCAGGAAUUUGGGAUUGCUGGCACGAAAGCGGCACUCCCGGCUACCGUCGUGGGCUCGGAGGUAAUGCAAACUUUUUGAAUUUAACAUUUGUUUGCACGAACGGACUGAAGAUUGAUAUGCACACAUCUAUUAUUCAAAUCAUGCCUACUUUUUAGCAUCAAUAUUUCAUAUUUCUUUUACUGUCAAAAGGUCGGACAGCCCGCGGCAGGAGCAUCUUCCUUCGGUGGGAAUAAAACGGAAGGCAAGCAGCUGUUACGCCUUGGUAACGAUGAUGCGCUUUUUCGCGACGUCCGCCAUAGCCACGUUUCGCAGCUUGGUCCCCUUCUGCGAAGGAAGACGCUAGAAAUUUAAGGCUUCUCCUAUUCAAGAUCCAGUAUUGUGGUAAAAUACUUAGCACAUGUCACCGGUCGUCUAGCGGACCUACUUCAGACACCAUGAUGAUGAUUGUAGAGCCAUAUGCAUAGGGAAAUGCACGUCUUAAAAUGAGUCCCAGGCUGUGCUAGUUCCAUAAGAGAAAAAUAACCUCUUCUUGAAGAUGAGUCGGCCAAAGUGGAGGGGAGAUGAGGCGGGUGAACUCUAAAAAAGGCAGCAAGUCGAGGCUGAGAAAGAUACGAUUCAAACAGUGCAGGAGAUGCAGCACUUCAUGGCCAAAUUGAAAACUUUGACGACAGAAAAGCCACUGCUAUCUUAUGAAACCAUCAAACUGCGUGCUCAAGUGCAGAGGCAGAAAAAACGACGUGUGAGGUGAAGAAGGAAAGAAGAAGAGCCGGCGCAUCUAAUUAUAUAACUUACACCCCACGAUUGGCCAUACUACUACUACUACUACUACUACUACUACUACUACUCCUCCUCCUCCUACUACUAAUCCCUCUUCUCAUCCUCCUCCUAAUCCUACUCCUAAUCCUACUCCUAAUCCUACUCCUAAUCCUACUCCUAAUCCUACUCCUAAUCCUACUCCUAAUCCUACUCCUAAUCCUACUCCUAAUCCUACUCCGAAUCCUACUCCUAAUCCUAAUCCUACUCCUAACCCUACUCCUAAUCCUACUCUUAAUCCUACAACUACUACGACUACUACUCCUACUCCUACUACUAGCAUUCCUUCUCCGGCUACUAAUGCUACUACUACUGCUGCGACUACUCCUACUACUACUAGAUUACACUUACAGAAAGCGUCUCUAGUACGACUAGAGUAUCUAUUGAUGAGUGUUGUCACGCUACGAGAAGAAAAGCACUCUACUCUUAGUAGUUUACUUUGUGUUUAAUCGUAAUUGCUUGGCAGUCUCAGGACCUGGUGCUCGUGGUGGAUUUUCUCUGCUUCGGAUUUUUCAGAUGCAGUUUUCAUCAUUGCUCAGGUGUUGUAAAUCUAGGUAGACAGCAUUUAGCAUCAUUUUUUGCAAAAAUCAAAAUCUAAGAUGCAACCAAACCUUCUUCAUCUCGUCUAAUGCUUUGCGCAUGUCAAUUUGGCAGCAUAUUUGAACGAAAAGAAGGGCGGCGACGAUUUCCACAGAGAGUGGCGAUGGGAAGACGCGAUCACGAGCUGCACAGACACUGCAGGGAAGUCGCUGGCAGCAGUGGAGGAGGGAAUGGAUAACGGGUGGCCUUUGAAAACGGUGCUCCGUCUCCUCUGUCUCUACUCCGAGGUGUAUCAGGGCUUGCCCUCGCAGGGCCAGUACGAGCAGCUGAAGCGAGGAAUCCUACAAGUGUACGGCUACGAAGUUUUACCGCUCUUGCAGACGCUGGAGCAGACGCAGCUGCUAACCGGGCCGCGCAAGGGCACGGAUAAGAACCACAACUGGGCACAGGUAAAAAAGGAUUUUGCCCUCGUCGUGGAGAAGCAGGAUGCACCCGAAGAUGCAUUCAGUUACGCUUACAGCGGAUACGCACCGCUAAGCGUGCGCUUGGUGCAGAAGCUCGCCUCGCCGCACGGGUGGCGCGGCUCUGUCUCAGACAGUAUGGCGCUGCUCGCUGGACCGGUUCUCGAGGCCGACCGGGAGCCGCGGCGCGGGAAGACGGCCCGAGGGUCGACCGCGGUUGAGACACUCCCUGGUGUGCGCAGUUUGGCAGACCACGUGGCAGACGUCGCGGGCGCAGGAGUCGGUGCAAUAAUGGGUGCAGGAGCCGGGAAUGCUAGCUGCAAUUUCAAAAACGGAAGCACAGUUAGUGCUAACCCUGCUUCCGCCACUAGCAGCGAUGUCGAAGGCGGCUCUCAGAGAAGUAAGAUCGUUUUUGUCUUCUUCAUCGGGGGGGCGACGUAUGGAGAAAUUGCUGCGUUGCGCCGGCUGUCGGAGAUGGAGGGAGGCGAACGGAAGUUUCUAAUCGGGGCAACAAACUUCACGAGUCCCGAAAAGAUGUUUCGAAGCCUCGAGGCGAGCGCGUCCCUCCUGAGGGCUGGACCACCGCUUUUGCCGCAAGACCGCAGACGAAGCUCAACAGCCGCAGGGUCGCAGUCACCCGAGAAACCGACAGCCUCGCAAACAGUUCUAGACGCUCUUCCAGGUAGAAGUUGGUUCCGGCUCGGUUAAGUCCUGUCAGCUCAACAACUCAAAUAGAAAAAUUAGCUGCCUACAAUAAUUUCGGGCAGGACCGCAGCGAGUAGUCUCUCAAUCUUCCUGGCAUAGAGUACAUAUUUUGUGACGCCUGUAUUGUACGUAGAGUUACUUCAUCAAUUCAUUUGAGUUUCACAUCUCGAUUUGAGAGCGAGAGAU